CUCGCCAGUUACUCCGUCCCUCCUCUCGCUCGGCGCACACACGUCGCUCCUGCUCCUGCUCCCACUCCUACUCCUGCUCCUGCCUGGUACACGCACCGCGCGACACAAGCACGCGACACAAGCCUCGGUCUCGGUGCUUCGGUCUCUCUCGACGGCCUGUUUCUCGAGUGGAUUUCGGUUGUGGUGGAUUAAGUGCGUUCGAACCGGUGGCGUGUUUUGGAAUUCCUGGUUUGGAGGAUCUCCAGCUAACGAGAGCGACCUUUUGGAAAACCCAUAUGUUGCUCGAACUUUCUCGGCGACCGCUGUGAAAUCGGGAGGGAGGAAACAGAACCGAAGCCGGCGUUUUGUUCGUGUGCAAUUGAGAGACUUCGAUUGCUGCAAUUACGAGGACGUCGACCCGAAAUUCCGAGACAUUAGUGGAUUAAAGGGCCUGAGCUCGGGUCAUCCCCUCGUCGCGAGAGCUGAGCUUCUGUAUUCUCAACGCUCGAGUGAGAGCUCUCCCUCCCCAAUCUUCCUCGCUCAAGUGACGCAAGCACUCGAGUGAUGCCUGUCGCGGAGGGCUGACGGAGACCCUGCCUGCGUGCGUGGAGUGGAGACCCGCGCCGGCCGGCUCUCGCAGGGCGCGGGCGGAGGGCAGCGGGCGUGGCCUGAACGCCCCUUCCAAGCAUGCCUCCAGCGGCGUUCUCCUUUAGCCGCUGCGUCGUCUUCAGGAGGAGGAACUUUGGCUUGAGGAACUGCGGCGUGGAGAGCCAGCGUGAAGGCCGCGCGCGCGACGCCCGUCAACGCUGAACGCUGUCACCAUGACGCGCCGCUGCUGGUGACGCUCUACAUGCAAUCGCAAGGUCGUGGAGUGCGGCGGCAAGGAACACUCAAGGCGGUGCAGAUAUCGAUUACUCUUGCCAAGUACCCCUCGAGGACGCAAACAUCAACACUAAAUAAAACACCAAAGCUUGCAAAACUUUGGUUUGUUGAAUAAUUCACAAGGGCGCGACUUUGCAACCCCGAAAGGAGGAAGAAGUCGCGGUUAGAUUUUGAAAUCAGUUGACAGUUCACAGAGGAUCGUAAGGAUUAUUGAACCAGACGUUUAAAAAAAAAAAAACGGUGAUACGCGUGCCUAUUGCAAAGUGUUAUUGUGGGCGUGUGUGUGUGAGAGAGCAUGCAUAUCCUGGGGGCGGAGGACGGUUUCCUGUAAGCGGUGAAAGCAUCGCCGGGAAGGAAAUACCCGCGGUGCCCUUGAUGAUGGAGGCUUGUGUCUGAGGCGUUGACACGUGUUUUUUUCUGUCCUUUUCUGUUUUUCCUUAGUUUAUUUCUUCUUCUUCUCUCUCUCUCUCUCUCUCCCAUUUUCUCCCUGCCGAUUUCCUCUUCUCCCUCCUCCUGUGCCUCUGCCUCUCCCCCUCCCCCCGCCUGUGAAAUGGCCUCCCCGUCAGUAGUGUUGGACAUGUUCCUGGAGGAGGACGAAGAGGGCGACCAUUCCUACUCCAUGUCCUCGCCCUUGCGCGCCUCCCCCUCGCCUCCGCCGCCACUUCCCGUCUUCUCCAACCUCCUGUCAGAAGCCACUAUGACAUCACAAAACACCCCCCAGGUAAUUGGGGGGGGAGGGGAUACCGAAAGUACAGUGGAGGAUCUCUUGUCACAAAUAGACUUUUCAUCGUGGCCUCUUCCAGAUGUGUCGGAAUCGAGCAGUGAUGACGACCUUAUUCACAAACUGUCUCACGACCUUGAGCUUCCUCUUGCUCUUGAUGACUUUGAGCCAGUCUCCUCAUGGUCAUCGCACAGUCCUGGAGACAUAUUCCAGACGUUCACUAACCAAGAUAGUGUAUCCUCCGCCCUCAAGUCAGAGAAUGACUUUUCAGCAGAGGAACUGACUCAAGCACUGUAUCCAAAUUUGGUUGCUGGACAAGAAGCAGAAAAUGAAACCAUUUCAUCAGUCCUCAUUGAAGAUAAAAUUAUAAAGAAGGAGCCGUCUUCGCCACAGCAUUUCCUACAGAUGCCACCGUCCCCUGAUGAUAGUCAUGACAUCUGGGAACUGCUCUGUGGUCCUGAUAUUAAACCCAAUGUCAAGGCUCUGGACACCCCACCUGUAACCCCCCCACAGAGUGAAGGAUCGCCCCCCCAUAGUCCCCAGCCUCUCUCUCCUGCAGGACCAACAGCAACCACAGUAGUCCUCUCCCCCCCUCACCAGCACCAGAAGCAAGGCACAAAUGGCAUGACAGCAAAUCACAUGACGCAACCCAUCAAAGUUGUUACCAUAACGACGAGAAAUGGCACAGGUAAUCAAGGGGCAACCAAAGGCGGCCGCAUUACCAAAACCAUGAAAAUUCAACCCAAAAUUGUGACCACAAGUACAACACAACCUCAGGUUAUUAGCAUAGUAAAUUCCUCUUCAGGACCAAAGUUGACGCUGCCAAAAACUGUUGGGACAAGGACCAUAAGCACGGGGGGAAGCACAAGGGUUGUCCAGCUGAAACCACCUCCUCCUCAAGUGCAGUCUAGAGUAACUGCUGCCACACCUACAAUUCCUAGCCCAGUACCAUCCAUCCUUACAUCACAGAUAACCAACCAGCCCACAGUUAUUGGCACUCAGUCAUCUGUAGUGCCCCCAGCAGCCCCUACCACACCCCUGGCGCCACUCGCUCCUGCCCUUGCUCCGGGCAUGAAGCACGGCAACGUUCCAGAUCUGAAGGCACUGAAAAGACAACAGAGAAUGAUAAAAAACAGAGAAUCCGCCAGUCUGUCUCGUAAGAAGAAGAAAGAAUACGUCACAGCUCUUGAAGGAAACAUUACCGAGCUACAAAAUGAAAAUAAAAGAUUGAAAGAGGACAAUAUCCGCUUGCAACAAAAGGUAUCAUCACUGGAGUCUGAGUGUGCAUCGUUGCGGCAUGCAUUGGGUCGCAGCCCAAGCAGGAAAACCACCACUGCGCUGUUUGCCAUAAUUUUCCUCUUAUCUCUGAACCUAGGCCCUUUGACGUAAGUUCUGGACAAAGUCUAAUUUGUUUUUAAGUGUGGUUCUCUAUCGUAAUUAUCAUUGUUCUUUUAAAGAUUUUUUUUGCUCUGGGCCGAUGAAAAACAGGCGUCGGCAGAGGAAGGCACAAUUCCGAACUUGAACACCAACACCUCGUCCAUGUGUCCCAUGUACAUCAAUGCAACAGAAAGUUUGAGGCUGGAGACUGAAUUACGAGGCUGGUUUGAGAACAAGAUGGACAAGAAGAAGAACAACAACAACAACCAGAGACCCCUGUUGUCGCAUCCCAAGACAAGGGAAGGAAGGAACAGGCUGAACAAGCACAAAAACGCGGGAGAACCAAGCCAGAAACUCAGCAAGCAAGUCGGCAGUGAGGUCUGGAAUGCCUUAGUCCCUCCCCAGCAACCUUCCAACAAACCAGCACCACUUUACCACUAUGUUCAUUACGUUGAGCCAUCUACUAGCACUGAAGAGGACACCUCAGUCAUGGCUACUGUCCCUCGUCUAACAUCGUUCCUUGAGGCUAUCCAGAGGCGUGAUGAUACAUACUAUGUUGUGUCCUUCUCUCCUGACCACCUCCUCGUCCCAGCAACAGCACGGAAUGACUCAGCCCGCCCCAGGAUGUCCCUGCUAAUGCCAACACCCCAGUCUAUGAAUGACUCUCUGGCUCCCCCUCCCAAUAAUGUGGCUCUGAUGCAGAUCGACUGUGAAGUCAUGCACACACGUCUAGUCCAUGUAGCACAGGAGCUGGUGCCACCCUACUUGCGCACAGACAGGAGCAAUACAUCACGGACAUCAUCAGAAGAAGCCACAACAGCCACCCCCAGGGAGAGACGAAACUCUCGGUCCAGGCCAAGACACACCCUGACAAAGCCCGCUUUCCCACACAAAUAGACCAUGAGUUGAGUGCACAAUUAAGACAUUAAAAAAAAAAAGAGUUGUUGAACAACUCGUAAAAUCAUUUGUCGUGAUAGUGGAAUUGAAUUUUUGUCCUUUUGCUAUUUAUUGUCAUGUCUGUUUUUCUACUUUUUUAUCUUUUUCUUUUUAAGUAUGACCAGUUUUGGUGCUUUAAUUAUCUGCUUCAGAAUUAUAUUUUUAUUUAUUAAUAUUAACAGCUGUACAAAAUUAUUUUAUAGAGGCCCCAUGAAAUAUAUUAUUGUUGUUCUUAAUUAAUAUUGAUAUAUUGAUAUUGACAUGUAUAUCCAAGAGCCCAGUGAUGUGAAAAGGUAGACUAAGGACGUUACAGUGCUUUUACAAUAUUAUUAUUUGGACCCAAGUGAGUUAAUCUCAAUCAUUCCAUGAUCUCAUACAAUUGUUCUUCAUUCCUUUUUUUUAUAUUAUUAUUUUUGUCUAUUUCUUCCCUAUUUCUUGUUGAAAUAAACAUAGGAAUAAUCAAAGAAAGAAUCGGAUAUUGUACUGUGCUACCCUCAAGAGACAAGCAUCAAAAAAGGCAACCCAUCAAUUCACAAGACAUUGUAAGAGAAGACUUAGUAUAUACAUUAGGAUGUGCUCAAUUAAAAGGUGUUGAGUUCUUUGUACAUAAAAUAAAGGAAUGCCCUUUUUUUGAGGAUUUUGUGUGCUGGUGUAGGGUUCAAGUCUAGGUUGUUUGAUAGGGUAUAGUACAAGAUGCAUAUUGUGGUUCCUGUUUUAUAUUUCAAAGCUAAAAGUUCCGUGACUUAUCAAUUUAUAUACAUGUGUAUUCAAGCAUACACAUGUUGUAUACUGUUUACAUGUAUAUUGUAUUAUAGAACAUCCCAGAUUUUAAUCAUAUGUGAAGGAAAUACACAUUUGUUAUCAAGAAUUAAGUAUAGGAAGAGGUUUGUAGUUAUUAAACCACAUGGUUAUGUAGAUGCCUGGUCAAAAAGUACAGUUUCAUUUCCAGUGUAAAUAUGUAUUUAUUAAUUUUAUUUCAAGAUGUCGUAUGUCUAGUUUACUUUUGAUAUGGCUGUGAUUUUUUUGUUGUUGUUGUUCACUUAUGAAUGUUAAGUGUUGUGGAAGUAUAUUGUGUUAAACAAGCGAAUUGACUUGUUAGACUUGCAUCAUUUCAUCUCUUCCGUGCAAUAAUUUUGGUCCAGUGAAGUUUUGAAGCCAAACUUUUCUGUGUAUAUAGAGUAAAAAUGGUUGUAAAUUUGGUGUUGACUUCAGAACAUCAAAGAGUUUUUCUCUUUCUAAAGUUGAAAGCAGUUAUUCCUUUUUUUUUUUUUUUUAAGCUAGUCAAAAUUGGUCUACGUAACCAAUAUCGGUUCAUUAUUGUUCACUCCGAAUAUUUCCUUUUUAGUUAUGAAUAGCCUUGUAAAUUUGAAUAUAUAUUUUUUCAGCAAAAUUGAUGUCCUUAUCUUCAGUAUUGAUAAUAUGAAUCAUUUUUUUCUGAUUUGGGGUAAUUACUGUGUAGGUACCAUGACGUUUACCCUUAGUUUCCACACUGUGUGUAAAUUUUCACAUAAGAAUACCAAUGUUAUUUUUAUUAUUGAUAGAUGCCCGAGUCUAUUAGGUUUAGUUAAUGGUGCCAGAAUGAUUUAGAUAUAAAUUAUUAUACAUUACUAUUUAGAAAUGUAUUGAUAGGAUAAGAAUAUUCAGUGAUAAGUGACCAAUGUGUGUCAGUCUAAUGCUUUUGCACUUUUAUAAUUUUCAUUCAUGUAUGAAUAAAAAGAAGAGUAUAA